ACGGCGCCGCAGGCCGGGGCCCGGCCGCUGGAGAGGUGCGGGCUAGAGGCCGGUCGUCUCCUCCCUGGGUGGCCGAGCCUGGCCUGGGCUGAGGAGACUGCUGCCGCCCGGGCCUGUGAGGCGCGAUGGAGCCUGGGAAGAGAAGAACCAAAGAGGACACAUGGAAAUCAGAUGACCUCAGAAAACACCUUUGGGCUGCACAGUCAGGAAGUCUCAAGGAAGAUAAGAAACGCAGGGAGAAGAAGCUACACCAGGAGGCUGAGGUGGACCUCCUGGAAUACAAGGAGUCCAGGUCCAGGGCUCCAGACAGAGAGACCAAGCACAGGGAGAGGACGGCUGAUGUCCACACCGCCAAAGACAGUCCUCUUUGGGAGAGAGAGAGAGAAAAGCAAAGAGAGAGAAAAAAAGACACAAAAGACCGGGAGAGAGACAAGUUGAAGGAGAAACACCGAGAACAAGAUGCAGAAAAGUCUCACAGUAAAGGAAAGGACAGAGAAAAAGAGAGAGACAGAAAGACCAGGAGAGAAGAGCUAUGGCAGACACCAGCUCACCAUAACCUGCUAGGCCGGGAGGUGCGGGGCAGGCAGCUGCUGGAGCGGGCUGAGCGGCGGAUCCGCUCAGUAAGUAAAGUAAGAAAUGACGAUAAAGAAAGGAGAGAUGAAGACUGUGAAAGAGGAGACGAAGACAGAGAGAGAAGGUACCGAGAGAAGAAGCUGCAGUAUGGGAGCAGUAAAGAAAACCCUCUCAAGUACUGGCUGUAUAAAGAAGAGGGUGAGAGAAGACACAGGAAGCCACGAGAGCCAGAUCGAGAAAAGAAACACCGAGAAAAAAGCAGCACCAGGGAAAAAAGGGAGAAACAUUCCAAAGAAAAAAGUAGUUCUUUCUCUGACAAAGAAGGGGAAGAAAAGCACAGGGAGAAGUGGCCCAAGGAGGGCUUCCCUGUGGGUGAUGAGUGGCUGCGCAGUGAUGGGGGCAGAAGGGAGAGAGCAAAAGAUGAGCACAGGAAAAAGGAUUCCAAGAACGGUGAACACAGGAGUCGUGGGACAAGUUCAAGGAGAGAUGGAACCAGCAGCCAUCAUGCAGAGAAUUUAGUAAAGAAUGAUGGAAAGGAUAAAGAUUCAAGAAGGAAGCACAGCCGUGAGGAAGGCUCAUCUGUAUGGAAGUUGGCUCAGAGGCAAGGAGAUGAGGAGCCCAUGGAUAUUGAAAAGGAAGACAUUGAUUUAGAAAAUGCUGGAGCUAAUGAAUAUACAGCCAGUUAUGAAGAUGAUUUUGAAGACUACGAGGAUGACUUUGAGGUUUGUGACGGUGAUGAGGACAGCAGUCCAGAGCCAGAGCCAGGAGGGAAACUGGAUGAACUUCCUCUAGCCCAAAAAAGGGAGAUAGAAGAGAUUCAAAAAGCCAUUAGUGCAGAAAAUGAAAGGAUUGGCGAGUUAUCUUCAAAACUGUUUCAGAAACAAGGUGGAACAGAAUGUGAGAGGGAAUCCAGGACAGAUGCAAAUAAAUCCCCAUCAAAAGCCUCUGUUUGUGGAAUUUUUGUGGAUUUUGCAACAGCCUCCCACCGUCAAAAGAGUCGGACUCAGGCCCUUAAGCAAAAGACACGAAGUACAAAACUGCUUCGGCUUAUUGAUUUAGAUUUUUCAUUCACUUUCUCUCUCUUGGAUCUACCACCAGUAAAUGAAUAUGACAUGUACAUCAGAAACUUUGGGAAAAAAAACACCAAGCAGGCAUAUGUGCAGUAUAAUGAAGAUAAUGUUGAAAGAGACAUUCAAACUGAAGAAAUAGAGACUAGGGAAGUGUGGACCCAGCAUCCAGGAGAGAGCAGUGUUGUCUCUGGAGGUAGUGAAAACAGAGAUAUCUCUGAUGCUACAGUUAUACCAAAGAUUGACACCCCAAGGUUAUCAAGCUUUCUCCGGGCAGCUUGUCAGGUGGUUGCUGUUUUGAUGGAGGAGGAUCGUCUGGCAGCUGAACCGAGCUGGAAUGUCAGGGCUCAAGAUAACACCUUUCUUAUCAGCGAAAGCUCAUCUCAAUUGAACACCAGCCUGCCGUUCCUUCAAAAUCGAGAAGUAUCCUGUUUGCACGUCUCUCAAGUUCAGAGGCAGACAGUGGUCUCUGCUCAUGGUUUACCUGAGAAGGCAUUUGCUCCCCAGCUGGAUCGCAGAUGCAUCCUCUGUGUGUGGGACAUUUGGCAGCCUUCAGGGCCCCAGAAGGUUCUGAUCUGCGAGUCCAAGGUCACGUGUUGCUGCUUUAGCCCUUUUAAAGCAUUUUUACUGUUUGCUGGAACAGUGCACGGCUCAGUGGUCGUGUGGGAUUUAAGGGAAGACUCCAGGGUGCACCAUUACGUGAGGCUGAGCGACUGCGUCUGGACGUUCCGGACACCAACCUUCUCCACUGAUGGAAUCCUCACAUCAGUGAACCACCAGAGUCCUCUUCAAGCAGUAGAACCUGUCUCAGUGUCUGUCUGCAGAAAACAGAGCUUUGUGCUUUCACCAUUUUCUACUCAGGAAGAAAUGACAGGUCUGUCAUUCCACAUCGCAUCCUUGGACGAGAGUGGGGUUCUCAACAUGUGGGUGGUUGUUGAAUUGCCAAAAGCAGACAUCGCAGGUUCAGUAAGCGAUUUAGGACUGCUACCUGGAGGGAGGGUCAAGUUGGUACACAGUGCUGUGAUCCUGCUGGGGGGCAGUUUUUCCCUUAAAGGGAAUGAAUUUUGGGGGACCACACAAACAAUGAGUGUUAAAUUUCUGCCUUCAGACCCUAAUCACUUUAUUGUUGGCACAGACACGGGUCUGAUCGGCCAUGGCACGAGGCAGGGAGUGAGGGCAGCCCCCAGGGCCUUCAGGCCUCAGCAGUGUGGAGCAAGACCAGUCACGGUCAAUGCGAUGGACUUUUCACCAUUUGGAGAGCCAAUAUUCUUGGCUGGUUGCUCAGAUGGGAGUGUGCGGCUGCACGGGCUGAGCUCUGAACGCCCCCUCCUGCAGUGGGACAGCAGCACCAAUGGCCAUGCGAUCACCAGCCUGCAGUGGUCCCCGACGAGGCCUGCCGUGUUCCUGGUUCAGGAUGACACGUCCAACAUCUAUGUCUGGGACCUCCUCGCCAGUGACCUGGGCCCUGUGGCCAUACAGCCCAUCUCCCCAGACAGGCUGGUGGCCAUGGCUGUCGGGGGAGAAGCGGACAAGGCCAGUGGCAGCGUGCUGGCCCUGGUGCUAGCCCGGGCCUCUGGAGCCAUCGACGUCCAGCUCCUGAGGAGGCGGUGGGCAGCCCCGGAGGCAGAUGAGUGCAGCAGGCUGCGUCUGCUUCUGCGGGAAGCCCUGUGGAAAGAAGGGACACCGUGCAUGUGACAGGCUGCUGCUAGUGAAACGGCCCAGGUGUAAAGACAUAAUUACAGGCAGAUAAUUGUGCAUCUGUGUGCAUGUGCGUUUGUGUACAUAGAAUAUGUAUAGUCUGUACAUAAUUUAUUUUAUAAGAAUGCUACUUUGGAAUUCCAAGUAAAUAAAUGGCUAUUUUUGAACUGAAACAAAUGAACAUUUGAGUGGAUACAACACAUCAAAGGAAAGUCUUGUCUAGAAAGCUCUUUGAGAGUUAUUUUUAGAACAGCUUUAGUAUAUUGCCACAUUUAUUACUAGAUUCUUAACAGUCAC